GCCUAGGUCGUUCUCGCGGGAUUUCGGCGCUGCGGCUGGUCGCUGCGGUGACCCCCCACCCCGAGCUCGGCGCUCCCGGCUGGCGAUGCCAGGCAGGCAGCUUCCGUGCCGUGCCCUCCUCGCCGCCGACCGCUAGAUGUCGAGAGCGGCGGGGCUGCCAGGCGCCUCCCCCUGGCCCGAUGGACGCCUCCUCCCCGCAGCCCCGCGCGGAAUCCCGCAAAGACAGGUGGUAUCCAGGAGAAAGAUGUCUUGCUCCUUCUUCAGAUGAGAAAAAGCUUUGUGAAGCAACCAUAAAGUCUAUCACUGUGGAUGAAGAUGGGAAGCCAUGUGCAAUUGUCCUGUAUUCAGAUUUUCAAGAAAAGAAAAUACCUCUUCAAAGACUUCAAGAAGUAAAAUCAGCUAAACAUUUCUCCAGAAGUUUUAUAUUUGAUGAUGAAGAUUUGGAAAAACCUUAUUUCCCAGAUCGAAAAAUUCCAUCAUUGGCUAAUGCUUUUAAAUUAUCUGAAGAUGGAGACUCCAUUCCUUACACUAUUAAUAGGUAUUUGCGCGAUUACCAAAGAGAGGGAGCUCAGUUUCUCUACAGGCACUACAUCCAGGGAAGAGGGUGUAUUCUUGGUGAUGACAUGGGACUUGGAAAAACAAUACAGGUUAUUUCAUUUCUGGCUGCAGUUUUGCAUAAAAAGGGAACUCGUGAAGAUAUUGAAAAUAACAUGCCAGAGUUCUUACUAAAAAGUAUGAAAAAGGAACCCUCUUCUACGGCCCAAAAGAUGUUCUUAAUAGUUGCCCCUCUUUCUGUCCUCUACAACUGGAAGGAUGAAUUGGAUACCUGGGGAUAUUUCCGAGUCACUGUUUUACAUGGCAGUAAAAAAGAUAAUGGACUGAUUCGUUUAAAGCAAAGAAAAUGUGAAAUUGCUCUAACAACCUAUGAAACACUGCGCUUGUGUCUGGAGGAACUUAACAGUUUGGAAUGGUCAGCUGUUAUUGUAGAUGAAGCUCAUAGAAUCAAGAAUCCAAAAGCACGAAUUACAGAAGUCAUGAAGGCUGUGAAGUGCAAGGUCCGCAUUGGCCUGACUGGUACCAUCCUCCAGAACAACAUGAAGGAGCUGUGGUGUGUUAUGGACUGGGCUGUGCCGGGACUUUUAGGUAGCAGGAACCACUUCAAGAAGCAGUUUUCUGACCCAGUGGAACAUGGCCAGAGACACACAGCAACCAAAAGAGAGCUUGCUACUGGCCGAAAAGCUAUGCACAGGCUUGCAAAAAAGAUGUCUGGCUGUUUUCUCAGGCGCACCAAGACCCUUAUCAAGGGUCAGCUACCUAAGAAAGAAGACCGGAUGGUGUAUUGUUCUUUGACAGAGUUCCAGAAAGCUGUUUACCAAACAGUGUUAGACACAGAAGAUGUAGCUUUGAUCCUUCAGUCCUCCCAGCCUUGUACCUGUGGCAGUGGCCGGAAAAGGAGAAACUGCUGUCACAAGACUAAUUCACAGGGUGACAAAGUGAGAUCGCUGUGUCUUAGUUACCUGACUGUGCUACAGAAAGUAGCAAACCAUGUCGCUCUGCUGCAGACAGCCAGCACCUCCAAACAUCAGGAAACACUUAUCAAGAGGAUAUGUGAUCAGGUAUUUUCCAGAUUCCCAGAUUUUGUGCAGAAAAGCAAAGAUGCAGCCUUUGAAACACUUUCUGACCCUAAGUAUAGUGGGAAAAUGAAGGUUCUCCAGCAGCUUUUGAACCACUUUAGGAAACGCAGAGACAAGGUUCUUCUCUUCUCCUUUUCCACCAAGCUGCUGGACGUGCUGCAGCAGUACUGUAUGGCUUCUGGCCUUGACUACCGGAGACUUGAUGGAAGCACAAAAUCAGAGGAAAGACUCAAGAUUGUGAAAGAGUUCAACAGUACACAAGACGUGAACAUUUGUCUUGUCUCCACGAUGGCUGGUGGACUAGGUCUCAAUUUUGUUGGUGCCAAUGUUGUUAUAUUAUUUGAUCCAACUUGGAAUCCAGCCAAUGAUCUUCAAGCCAUUGACAGAGCAUACAGGAUCGGGCAGUGUAGAGAUGUCAAAGUGCUCAGGCUGAUAUCCUUGGGGACUGUGGAGGAGAUCAUGUACUUACGGCAGGUUUACAAACAGCAACUUCACUGUGUGGUGGUUGGAAGUGAAAAUGCCAAGCGAUACUUUGAAGCAGUACAGGGGUCAAAAGAACAUCGAGGAGAGCUCUUUGGUGUCCACAACCUCUUCAAACUAAGGUCCCAAGGGUCAUGUCUUACGAGAGACAUCCUGGAGAGAGAAGGCCAAGUGGAAGCUGGCAUCAUGACAGCCACGACGUGGUUGAAAGGGGGACUUUCAGCACAGGAACUAGAAACACCUAGAGACCCUGACUGUCAAGAAUCCACAGAGGUUUGUGAGCUCUACAAUGACUUCAGUGAUGAUGAGACAGUGGGCCGCUCCCUUGGAAAGACGGCUGAACACAGAGUCUCUGGCCCCAGUAGAGCUGCAGGCUCCUCAGCGCAGCUCACUUUGCUGCAGUGUGGAUUCUCUAAAUUGUUUGAGGCCAACUGUAAGUCGGUCCAGGAUGGCGAUGGAAAUGCUGCCUCCAGUGAUGAAAGUUCUGAUGAGCAGCCCACAUGCCUGUCAGCAGAAGCCAAACAGGCUGCUUGUCAGAAAACUCGAGACUCUGUUUGUACUUCAGAACAUCAGAAAUCAGAGAACAUCCAAAAUCCUAAUGAAAAAUGUGGUUUUGAUAAAAGUAAGAAGACUUUAGAACAGAACGUUUCUUCUCAAUCUGAUGAUGAGAGACAGUAUCACAAUACAGAUGGACAUCAUGUCAGGGGACAAAAUGACACAGAGUCAGAAGACAGUGAUGUCAUCUAUCCCACACAGUAUCCAGCUCAGAAAGCCCCUAAUAACCGUAUACGCUUUAAGCUGCUGUUUGGUGAAUCUGAAGAUUCUGAAGCAGAAAACCCUGUGAAAAGACAUUGUGUUGCUGGUAGACAGAACAGUGGCAAAGGAAAUGGACCCGUUUCAAAACCCUUGAGUACUGAGAACAUGACCUUGAAACUUGUUAGGAAAAGAAAAGAUACAGAUGAUAUUAGCGAUGAAUCUGAUGACAUUGACAUGUUCCCCAAGGCAAGAAUAAGAAAGCAGAGAGCUACUACUUCCCUGAAGUUUAAGAGAAAAAAGGAAAACAAAAGGGAGCCUUAUCAGUCUCCCGGAAGAGCAAAGGAGGCAGAACAAGUGCACGCAGAUGGGGACUGUAGCUCCCAGGUCAUUGACGACUUCUCGUCCUCUGAUGACAAUGUAUCUGUCAGGCGUCGGAGUUCCUCUGAACUAAAAGAUAAAAUCAGUUUGUUCUCCAAGCUACCUGGCCCGGCUAAGAAAAACAACACUUUUAUAUCAAGGAAGCCAGCAAGCUUUUUAAAUGAAAGAGUAGUCAGUCAAGAGCAAAUGUGUGACUCAAUGGAUAAAAUAUUAGGUGGUGUUCAGGAAGUGGCAUAUAUCCACUCAAAUCAGAAUGUGAUUGGAUCAAGCAGAGCUGAAAAUCACAUGAGCCACUGGGCAACACGUGAUGUAUUUGAGUUGAAGCAGUUUUCUCAGCUCCCUGCUAAUGUAGCUGUUUGCAGUUCUAAGACAUACAAAAAUAAGGUGAACACACACUCAGAGAAAGAUGAGAACCCAAGUGAUGGAACCAUUUCCUCUCCUCUGUGUGUAUCCCACCCUGUGAGCCAGAAAAAGAAAAAUGUCUACCGUACUAACCAGACCACCUUCAUCAUUGGAGAAACACCAAAAGGAAUCCGCAGAAAGCAGUUUGAAGAAAUGGCCUCUUACUACAAGUCAUCUGUGCAGGAGUUUGCUAGACGGGUAACCAGUGCCACGUCUGAGGAGCGACUGAGUCUGCUCAGGGACUUCUACAGCCUUCGGCACCCAGAGGUAAAGGGGUCCUUCGUGAGUUCUGCCCCAGAGUCGACCAGAUCUGUCCACAAGGAGGAAGAGAGGGUCAAGAAUAAAUCCAAAGGAAAAGAAUCUCUUUUAAAAGAACGACGCUCAAAUGAUAACACUUGGUCACGCAAUGAUCCCACCAACAAAAUGUCUCAGGCUUACAACCCAAAACUGUGUAAAGGAAAGUCAACCAGAUUUCAAAAUCAUGGUUCCCGUGGAGAAGAGAUAUUUUCUAGUGAUACAAAAAUUAAGAAAUCGUCUGUCAGCUUUACUCAAGAGAGCGACAGUGAGAGAAAUGACCACACACCCGGGAACAGCAUGACACUCUUCUGUCCAAACAGCAAGCCUGGAGCCUCAGAGGCAGAGCGAGAGAAUUCCCCAGGGGCGUGCAGUUCCAGAGACAGAUCACUUCUCAAGCUGGGGAACAGCAGGGUAGAAAACCCAGCGUCAGCGUCAGAAAAGGCUCCUGUGGAAGGCUUACUUGGGGACACCUCUAUUCUUAAUGACCUCUUUAAAGGCUGCGGGGAGGGUCCCACACAGCUGCCAGAGAACGUUCUUUCAGGAUCUGUGACAAAAGCAAAGCAGAGACCCAAAGAUUUCUGGGACAUCUUGAAUGAGCAGAAUGAUGACAGUCUUAGCAAACUCACCGACUUGGCAGUGAUAGAGACUCUGUGUACCAAGGGUCCCCGCUCCACAGCCUCCAAUAGGAACCAUGAACGGGAAGCUCCCCUUUGGAAAGCAAAUGAGAAGUUUUUGUGGAAGACGUCUAACUCGGAGGAUGACGAAAGCGUAGCCAGUACGGAGAGAGAGUAGAACAUGGGUGUGCCGUUAAGUUAGUGGAUCGAACCUCUUGAACCUGUUGCAGUGCUGGAACACAGUGCUUGAGCCUGCAGCAGGAUGGACCACAGCCAACUGAGCUUGGCCCCACACUUCAGGAAAACUGCAGACCCUGUGGACCACAAAUGAGCACUUCUGUGGGUGGCAACUCCCACAAAGCCUGAGCACACGUGCGCGCGCGCAUCACACACACACACACACACACACACACACACACACACACACAUACACACUGCCUGAAAAGAGAAGAAAGGCUAAUCUGGAGGCAGCAACGGAAAACUCUGGAGCUCAAGCCAUUGGGAAGCUUGUUAUCUACCACCAACCGCAAGCUGGGCAGGCAUCCUGCAUCCCUCACAGCGUGAAGCCGUGGAUGGUCCAGCUUUGGGAGUGCAGGGAGCUUGAAGAGCCUGCGCCUCAAAGCAGGGGGCUGCACGUCUGUAAUCCUGUGGGGUCCCCCAUAAUAUUCUGGCAGGAGGGUGGGGAUGGUCGCCUAGUGCGUGUGGCCAGUCGAGGGUCCAAGCGGAGGUCCAUUAGGAGCAGGUGGGGACCCCGGGCGGGGCGCAGCUUGGCGCAGUGGACCUCAGGUGGAGAGGUCCCGCCCCCUGGAGGCCAGAGGCGGCGAUUUCUGCUGUCUAAAUCACUCUACUGAUUUUAGAGUGAAGCCGCUGGCCGGAGGCACCGCCCUCCCUGCAAACACCUAGACAGAGCUGCCGAGCAAGGAAGGAAAUGGGAAGCUGGCAGGAUGAAUCUGGCUGAUUCCAGGCUCAGUGUUAGCGAGCCCACUGGGGACUCGGCCAGGCACGCCCCGCAAACACACGGCAGGCCCGCUGGGGAGGAAGUCAGACUUAGCACCUUGGCGUACUCCACCUAGCUUCCCCGGCCAGCUGCCCCGGGAAGCGACCCCCCACGUCCAGAAGCACUCCCCAGCCUGUGCACGCCCGCACUGGCUGGGCCUCCAGUCCUAGGCCACACACCCCCUAGGACGAGUCCUGCUGCUGCCUUCCCUGCCCCCCCACCUUCAUGCUUCCCUCAAAGCCAGCGCCUUCUGCCAAACCUCCAUUCCCAACCUGUUAUCACGUCCUGGAGAGAAUGUCUCUGAAAUAUUUCCUGAAUCCCACUGCCAAGAACCUCCAGUUUCCGUCCCUCCACCUCCCAUCUGGAUGCCUGCAGACUUCUCCCUGGGUUCCCAGGCUCCAGCCUCCUCCCUCUCUAAUCCAUUUUCCACACCGCAUCCCCAAAGCCUGUUGAAACACAGGGACUUUGGCUGCAGUAAACCUCUCGUUUCCUCUGUUAGAGCAGGUUAAAGGAUUGGGCUGGGGAAUAAGUACAUCAAUUCACGUCUAUUGAGCAUUUACUGUGUCGUUUGUUUAACAUUUCAAGUGAUUCUCAUGUUUAAUCUGCCCGGCAGCUUUCCUGAGCAGGUGUUAUCUGUUUUAUUGAGGAAGAAACUGAGGCACGGAAGCCACACAGCCCUGAAUCGACAACAGCUUGAUUGGCAGUGUCCAUGAGAUCCAGGAAUGACGGAGAGACUCUUCUUCUUUCCCUCCUUCCAAG